AUGGAAAGAAAAAAUAAGUUACCCUUUUAUAUUAUAAUAUGUACUUUUCUGCUCUUAACUUGGAUAAGUAAUUUUUAUAUCGAUCAGAGGAACUCUUAUAAUUGUUUGGAUAUGAUGAACAAUAUUGAUAUAAAAUUAGUUACAAGAACUUAUCGUUUACUAGGAAAGCGUAAAUGGCGAACGUGCUCAUAUAACACAUUGAUAAAAGAAGAAAUUCCUAAUAAUGUAGAAUACGAAAAAAAAGAUAUGUACAAUAAUGAAAAAUUAUCUAAAGGAAAAAAUAAAAUACUAAAGGAAUAUUCAUUAAAUAAUUCACAAGAUUAUGGACAAUCUAGUAUAAGUAAAUCUUCUGUGAGAAACAGAGAACAUUCAUAUUAUGGAAAAAGAAUGUUAGACAAAAUAUAUUAUAAAAGUAAAGUUAAAGAUGCUAUUAAUGCUGACUUUAUGUUUUUAAAAAAGGACAUAUUACACAAAUUAGGUACUCUUUGUUUUUUAUUUAUUGUCAUUGCAACAUUUGCAAUUCUGAUACUUGGAUAUAGACUUUUUGGAUUUUAUAUGGCAAAAGAAAGCACGGAAGUUAGUCAAUUUUCUUUACAUCCAACUUCUACAGGGUUAUUGCUAUUUGGGAUUAUAAUUAUACCAUUAAUAAUUUAUAUAGGCAGAAAGCUAAUAACAAAUGUAAAGUUAACAUAUAAAAAAUGUGAAUUAAAUAAUACGGCAUACCCUUCUUUUCGAAAAGUAUUUUUUUUGUAA